GAUCUUUUUUCGCUCUCGCGCAGCAAACAUGGCUAAAUCUAAGAGAUCUAAACGAUCCCGUAAAUCGAUUUCAGAUUCAAGCUCGGACUCAAGCUCAGACUCUGACUCUUCUAGUUCUUCCAGUACCUCUAGUUCUAGCUCCUCGGACUUUCUUGACACCAAGCCCAAAAAGUUCGUUUUCAAAAAACGUAGUUCUGGCCGUCUCGCUAAGUGGGUUGUAAAGGGAAUCCCCGAGAAACAAGUGAAAGCGGCUAGAGAAGCAUUUAAGCCUUCGGUCGAGAAGCUGGACAAGAGAUACGACGCUUCCAACCUUUUUACCAACCCUAGAUUGGACGAGACACUUUACGCGGCCCUCAAAUCGGUCAAAAAUUCCUCGGCCGCCGUCGCUAAUAUCGACCCGCAGGAAAAAGUGUAUAGAAGGCAGACUGACUUGAUUUUAGACAUGGCCAAACCACUCUUUUUUCUUGUUAACAAGAGUAAAUUCAAGAAGAAAUCUUCCGACGCUUUGGCCCUAAAAUCACUGACGAUGUUAUGGUGUCAUCUCUUCAAAGAUAUCUCCACCGCCCGACGGCUCAACAUCUUGUCGCAGGUUCACCCUAACCACGUCGGCCUUCUUUCUCGCUCUGCUGAGACGCUCCCUAUUGGCGGUGAAGAUCUCUUUGGCGACGCUUUCAUCAGGGAACUUUUGGCCCAAGUUCAGACUGCUGCACUGGUCAACAUCUCCGUCGCCCCUUCUGCUGCAUCCACUCCUGUCAAACCCAGGCCCCAGCCACCAGCAGGUCCCAGCAAUCCUAAUUUUUCUCAACGGUAUCACGACAACAACCGUAAUUUCAGCGGUAACAACCGAUACCGCAAACGCAAUUACAGCAAGACCAACGGCGUCUCAAACAACAACCCGGCCAACGCUUCAUUCUAGUAUUGUUCCUUGUUUUUCAUCAGUAUUCGCGGAUGUUCUUUUUUUGUUGCCAUUGCCUGUUUAUCAAUUUUGGUUUAUUCCCGUGCUGGCCCUAUAAUUUUGUUGCUGCCCCGUGCUUCAAACCUCUGAGGUGGCUAAGUAGAAAGAGCUGUCUAGACGGCGUUUAUUACGCCCCUUUCUUCCGUUCCCUCACUCUUUCUUUGUUUUUUGUUUUUUUUGGCCCUUUGGGCCUAGUUGUGUUUUGCUGCUAAAG